AUGUAUAAAAUACUUAUUCUAAUACUAUCAGUAGUUAUCGGAAAUUCAAAAUGUUUCGAAUCUACGUGUAAAGAUAUUGAAAGUAAGUCAGUGGACUUAAGAUUAAGAAGACAUUUGUUUUGCGAUUAUGAUCCAACUCUACGGCCUCAAAUCAAUGCACACAGCGUUUUGAAUAUCGAUGUCCAUCUUAUUCCAAAAUUUGUUGAAUUUGAUGAUUUCACAAGUAGUAUUAAUUUUCAUUCAUGGCUAAUACUAACUUGGGAUGACGUUCACUUGAAUUGGAAUCCAGACGAGUUUGAUGGUAUUACUCUUCACCAUGUAAAAAGUACCGAUAUUUGGGUUCCUGAUUUCACCGUUUUCAAUUCAGGAGAUUUGGGUCUAGAUCAAAGUAGUAUGCCGUUGACUGACUGCAUUUUGUCUCAAAACGGUACAAUUCAAUGUGUAGUUUCAAGAGUCUUCACAUCUCAUUGCCCUGCUGAUUUUUCUGAUUGGCCUUAUGAUAAUCAUAAUUGUACUUUACACUUUGGAUCUUGGUUAUACUUUGCCGAUGAACUUAAUUAUUACUUCACUAAAGAUUCGAUUGUAAUGGAUGAAUUUGUGCGGAAUAAUGAGUGGGAAGUAAAAUUAGGUAACAUAUCUAAAUCAUUGGAAUUAUAUGGGACCAAUGUUGAUUCAAUGAUAUUUUUAAAUAUUGAAAUUCAGAGGAAUUCAUCCAGAGGAAUUUUAAUUUAUAUAACACCAGCGAUUAUAUUAACAAUUUUAACUUUGACAGCUUUGUAUCUUGAUGUUUGUUCGAUAGAACGAACUAUUUUGAUGAGUACCAAUUUUAUCAGUCAUCUACUUUGUAUUUUUGACUUAUAUUGGUACAUACCAACAAAUAACGCUAUUGGAUCACCAAAAAUAGUUAUUUUUUAUGAAGCGUCCUUGAUAAUCACUGCAUUCACAUUCAUUCUAACUAUUUUACUGCGUAAAAUUUAUACAGUCACAAUUCCGGCGCCCCAAUUAAUUUUUUCUACCGUUGAAUUCAUUUAUAAUUGUCCAAUAGUUAAAUAUUUGAAAGCUAAAACUCCAGACAAAUCAGAAGAAAAUAACUUAAAUGACACUGAUAAUCAGAAUGAGCAAAUAAAAAAUAAAAAUACUUUGUGGAUGGAAUGCGUAAAUUUAAUAGAAUGGCUGGCAUUGGUUUCUGUAAUUAUAACGUAUGUUGAAGAAAAGUCACCAUAUUUACGUCUCAAAAGACAUCUUUUAUGUGAUUACGAUCCAAGUGUUCGUCCAACCACUAAUUCCCGCAAUAGAACAGAUCUAUCAAUAGUAGUUGUUCCAAAACUUAUGGAAUUUAAUGAAUUUACAAAUGUUAUGAAGCUACAUACUUGGAUGUACAUUGCAUGGAAAGAUCCUCAUUUGCAGUGGAAUCCUGAGGAAUUUGACGGAGUUGAUUCUCUCUAUGUUAUGAGUCAUGAAAUUUGGACACCUGACAUUACUAUUGUCAAUGCAGGUUUUGGUGAGCAAGAAAUUGGUAUUCCCCUUACAAGUUGCAUUCUUUCAAAAGAUGGAAGAGUGGCUUGUGUUCCAAUAGUUUGCUAUUCAACGAGGUGUCAUAGAGAUCAUACAUAUUGGCCGUUUGAUCAACAACAUUGUAGUUUUGAGUAUGCUUCAUGGUCUCACAAUACUGAAGAAAUAUAUUUAAGUGAAGAUAGUUUUCGACUGCAAAUGAUUCAUUUUGUACCUAAUGCAGAAUGGAAAAUCAACAAUUUCAAAAUUGAACCAGUACAAAAAAAAUCUAAAUACACGUCGCAAUUAUAUUUGGCCGCUGUUUCUAUAUAUUUUAAUGUAGAACGUGUAAAUAGCAUGUUAAGACGAAUGUUUGUUACACCAAUAAUAGUGGUUAUGAUGAUGACAUUAGCAACUAUGUGGUUCGACUCAGCAUCAAAAGAACGACUCAUAAUUGCGUGUAUUAAUUUUAUAAUACAUUUUUUAUGUCUGUCACAUCUUCAUUGGAGAUUGUCCGCUGCAGUCGUCCCUAAUAUCCUAAUUUUUUAUCACAGUUCAAUGAUAUUGGCGACGAGUGCCCUAAUUUUGACGUGUAUAUUUAGGAAAUUUGUCAUUUUAAAAACGUCACCACCAACGUGGGUUUCUUCUACAAUUUCGAAAGUUUUAGUAAAUAAAUAUGGUCAGGUAUUACUAUCACUUAUAUUCGAUUUGAAAGCAUCAACUAAAAUUUUAGAAGACGGUGAUGAUAGUAGUGAUCUUAUUAAUUCCGAGUUUUCAAAAACAACCACCUGGAAUGAUGUCAUUGUUCUUUUGAAUUGGAUUAUAUUAAUCUGUUUUAUCUUUAUUUAUAUUAUUAUGUGUGUAGUAUUUAUUCAUACUCCAUAG